GACACUGUGGAGCGUAUCUGACGAUGAGUCACGAAAUCGGCUCGAGGACUCAUAUUCAAGUGUUAUGAAUAGCACGUUCAAUCACUGAGCAAAGGCGUCUGUUUUGAACUCGCAGUGACUUAAGGCAUUUUUAACACUUCUGGCCACCCAUUUAAACACCUACUUAAGUUUAGCCUCAAUACAAUUUUUAGGGGUUACAUGCAGAAACUGGAGACACAACACAACAGAACGGAAUGUAUACACACCUUUUACUCCUCAAGAUUGAUCAAAUUCAGGAAUACUCUACCGGGUGAGCUAGUGCAAGCUACUUUCCAGUAGUACAUCGAGAGAAAACGACAUAUUCCUAAGGACUAAGGACAGUAUCUUACUAUGAUUUACUUACGUUUUUUCUUCUCCUCUUUCACCGAUUAUAUACCUAGAUUCCUACAUAGAGGUAUCUUUGACUCACUGUUAAUAUAUAUGGAGGCCCAUUAAGCAAAAGUCUCUUCUAUUCGUCUAAAAACACUUGAAUUAUUUGAACCAUACAGGAUAACCGCAAAUUUUCGAAUUCCCAAGGUUGUCGUGUUACGGCGAUGGGUUGGGAUUCUCUUAAUCUCCCAGAUUAUAUUGUGAAGGCAAUCAGUGAUUGUGGCUUAGAACAUCCUACACCUAUACAAACUGCAGCCAUACCUCCUGCACUCCACAGUUUCUCCGAUGUUCUUGGAUCAGCACCAACAGGAAGUGGGAAGACUUUGGCGUUCGGAAUUCCUCUAGUAUCAAAGGUAUUCUCUCUCAAGACUCUUGAAAACCAGACUUGUGAGGAAGAGUCCAAAAUUAAUGGCUUGAUUGAUCGACAAAAAUGCGAAGUGGCAUCUUGCGUCAAACCUUGUGGGAAAAGGAAGAAAAAAAAGAAGGAAACCGACAUUUAUUCAGGUUUAGAUGUCAUAGAAGAGUUAGAUGUAAAUACUGGAGAAAUUCGCGCAGUCCAUUCCCUUGGCGAUCCUGUUACAGCAGAUCCUGAAACACUUCCAAUUGCCAAAUCUCCUGUUUGUUUUGAACCGAAUUCAAAAAGGAAUCGUGUUUAUGGGCUUGUUCUAGUUCCCACCAGGGAAUUAGCUAUUCAAGUUACACAACAUAUUCGUGCUUUAAUGCGAUAUGUCGAUUGUAUUCGUAUUGAAACUAUCGUUGGUGGAAUAUCAGUUGAUAAACAGCUUCGACUUCUUCGACGUUGUCCGGAUAUACUUGUUGCUACUCCUGGAAGAUUAUGGCAUUUUAUUCAACAAGGUGAUCCUCAUGUUCUGACAUUACAUAAUGUUAAUGUAGUUGUAGUUGAUGAAGCUGAUCGAAUGAUUGAAGCGAAUCAUUUUGAUGAUUUACGUUCAAUUUUCAAUUGGUUACAUUCAUCAUCAAAUUUUAAUAAUGAAGGCGAAAAAGAAGAAGAAGAAGAUCAAGAAACUACAACAAAUAUUCAAAGACAUUUGAAGAAAACAUUAAAUUUCAAGAGAAAGCAUAAAUCAGUUGAAAUAUCAGAUAAUUCUACGGAUAUGAUGAAAGUACAACGACAAACAUUAAUUUUUUCAGCUACUCUUACAUUUGUACAUAGUGGUGCAUUAAAACCAGGUACUGGAUCUAAAAAUCACAAACUUUUACCAAACAAUAAAAAUACUAUGACUAAGAAAAUAAAACUUGCGGUACUACGUGAAAUGUUCGGUUUGAAAAAAUCUGCUAAAGUAAUCGAUUUAUCAUCAAACCAUUCCACUAGUCAAUCAGCUUCAAAUCCCAGCUUAGUCUGUCAAUCAACUUGCCCUGAUAGCCUUUCUGAAUGUCGGUUGUUAUGUCCAGACCAGGCAAGCAAAGAUAUUCGACUAUUUUGGUUCAUUGCAUUUGGCCGUCAUCUUGGAUCUUCAGAGUAUCCCAAUCGACGGUGCUUAAUUUUUCUAAAUAGUAAAUCUGGGGUACGUCGAUUAGCUGGAGUAUUACGUCAGUUGCUCACUUCAGAUGCUUUUUUGGUAUCUGGGUAUCCAUCACUACAGUAUGUAAAUGUCUUACAUGCUGAUAUGAUUCAGAAGCAAAGACUACGCGCACUUGAACGGUUCCAAGUUUUUCAAUACAUUAUGCUUUCAUAUUCUAGCGGAUCCAAAUGGAAUUUUACUCGCUAGUGAUGUAGCUGCUCGUGGUUUAGAUUUAGCAUCAAGUGAUAGUAUAGUUGAAAAAAAUGGAGUAUCAUGGGUUAUACAUUUUGACGUACCUCGUACAGCUGAAUUAUAUAUACAUAGAUCAGGGCGUACUGCCAGAGCUAAUCGUCAAGGAACUAGUUUAUUAUUUAUUUCACCAAAUGAAAUUAUGUUUUGGCGUCGAAUCGCUGUCAGUCUUCAAAGAACUAAUCUGGAACUUGAUGAUUUUAUCAUUCAACCAACAACUAUUCAAUUGAAUAUCAGUGAACAAAUUGUUAAAUUAGCUAAACAAAUUGAUAUACAAGAGCAUAGAAAUUCUCGACAACUAGCAAAUGAUAAUUGGUUUAGUAAAGCAGCAAAAGAUGCCAACAUUCUAUUAGAUGAUGAUGAUGAUAAUAAUAAAUUAGGCGAUGACGAGGAUAAUGGUGGAAAAAGGAACUCAUCUAAGAAAAAACUUGACAGUACAAAAAUACUGAAGUCAGAGUUACGUCAGCUAAUCAAUGUUUCACAUGGAAAAUUACUGAAAUUAACUGACGGACAAAUGAAAUGUUAUCAACGACCUAUACAAACACUUUCAAAGAUCAAGUUACUUAAAGAGUUUGGUGCAAUAUAAGCACAUGUACUAUUCUCUUCAAUUUUUCUGUAAAUAUAAAUUACUGGAUCUUUGUAAAUCUCAUUUAAACAAUAAAUAUAUAUACCUCCUUGGUAUUUCUUCACCUCGACGAACUUAGAUAAAUUACACAUACAAAAAAAUAUGCUAUUCAAUACAAGCCGAAUGAUGUGGAGAAAAAGUUGAAUUUCAUUCAUCCUUAACAUUUUACGCACAGGUUUUAGUAACGAAACCGGAGGUAAUACCUGCGUAGUCUGUGAAUACACACUGCAUGAUUCACAUGCCAAUCAAUAGUCAAUUUAUUUCAGACACUCAUAGAUGCAAAUCGACAUACAUUAACAGGAACAAGUGAACGAGCAUAUUUAAUAUGGAAAGAGGGUGAAAUACCUGUGUGCUCAGUACAUACACAUUGCAUUAUUCAUCAUUACACACUGG